AUGAUCCCCAGCGGCGAGGUGGUGGCGCGGCUCACGCUGCCCCUACCGCCUCGUCCUGCGGCCAACGGGUCGCUGGUGGCCCAGCUGACGCCGCCAUCACUGCUAUUGCCACUACCGCCGCUGUCAUCAAACGCGUCUACCCUGACGCCUCUUGCCAAAACCACGCCACGCCCUACCACUCCUCGCCAACCCCUACCAUCGCGGCUGCCGCUGGCGGCGCUCGAGCUGCCGAUCGACCUUGUGGACGACGACGACGACGACGAUAUCGAGGAGAUCGGCGCGAAGCGAGUGGCGCCGUUCGCCGCCGACCUCCCCCCAAGCAAACGGGCGACACUAUCGCUGAAGCCGCCGAAGAAGCACCAGCUGACGCUCCCGUUCCAGGUGCCGGCGACACCAACCCAGCCCAGCGUUACUGCUAACAUUACCAAUAACAACAAUACCAUUGGCGCCGCGACUACUACCACGAGCGCUCCGGCGCUACCGCCGCCGCCGGACCCCAGCCUCCUCAAUCUACUACAGGUGAAGGACAAGAUGAUCGCCUUGCUCUACAGACACUUAGAGGUCAACGACAGCACCCUGAUGCUGCUUGACGCCAAGAAGCAGUGGAUUGCCACCGAGUUCGAGGUGGAGAUGAACCGGCUAAAGGCGCAGGCGCUGCGGCUCGAGAACGAGGUGGAGGCGGCAGCGUUUGAGCGUGAAGUCGCCGCCGAAGCUGCUGCUGAAGAGGCCGCUGAGUCUCUGCGGGCGCCGGCGGCACUGCUACCGUCGCUCCCGUCACUUCCGGCGCCGCCAGCGCGACCAGCGCUUCUGUUCACUCAGGUGCCUAAGUCGCUAGAUAAGGCGCCGGCAGAAGCGACACUGCCGCCGCUCCCGUCGCUGCCGGUGACGCUGCCGCUGCCGCGGACUCCUCAUAUCAAUAACUCCAGAGUUCAGCGCCAGGGCGGCGACUCUGAGGGCGAAGACCAUUUCGGCCUGGAAAUCGAUGGAGGUCUCACUACGCCCCCAGACGAACGCGCUUGCUACGAAGUUGACGAUUUGGGCAGUUUCAUCGACCACGACGUCACCGCCGAAGACGGCGACUUCAAACCGACGCAACUGCUGGUGGCGCUGGCCGGCGCCGACGCCGACGAGCUGAUGAUCGACCGCAGCAUUGUCGACCUCACCCAGGCGGGGCUGGACCCCGCGGUAGAGGUGAUUCUGGACGGCGAACACGACGGCGAACACGACGGCGCCGCCGGUACGGAGCCUCUCGACGACAUUGACGACUGGGCGCACACCCAGUUGGGCGAGGAGCGCGAAGACGACAUCGAGGUGAUCGAGCUUACUAGCGACGACGACGACGACGCCAACGACACGAUAUCUCAGGUGCGCACCCCGAUCGUGGUGAAGCCCGAGCCCGGCACCACUGCUGCUACUAAUGCUGCCGGUGCUGACGACGACCUGGAGUUUGAUUGGAGCGAGGACGACCAGUUGAUUGCGCUGAUCAAAGACGCCGCCGCCGGCGCCACUAAGCGCGUCGCCCCCACCAGCACUGAUCCCCAGGAGGCGCGCAUCUACGCCGUGCUUCAGGCGACGUUUGGCCUCGAGCGGUUCCGGGCGCACCAGUUGGAGGCGAUUAAAGCCACCCUUGCCGGUAAAGAUGUGUUUGUGCUUAUGCCUACUGGGGGUGGUAAAUCUCUUUGCUACCAGUUACCGGCUUUAAUCCACGCGGACCCGAACGUUCCCGGGGUCACCGUGGUGAUCUCGCCGUUGAUCUCGUUGAUGCAGGACCAAGUGGCGCAUCUCGUGGCGAAGAAAGUACGGGCGGGGAUGGUGUCGCUGCGAGCGGCCCCCGACGCCAACCGCGCCACCAUGCGCGAGUUCCGCAACGCCCUCCUCGACGUGGUGUACUUGCUGCCGGAGAUGGCGAACAAGCUGGCCCACUGCCAGCUGAUCUUGGACCAGCUCUACCAGCGGCGCCAGCUCGCACGGGUGGUGAUCGACGAGGCCCACUGCUUGCUGCUGUGGGGGCACGACUUCCGCACCGACUACCAGGCGAUGGGGGCGUUCAAGACCAAGUACCCCGACGUCCCCGUGAUGGCGCUCACGGCGACGGCCAACGAACGGGUGCGCAUGGACAUCAUCCACCACUUGAAGCUCAAACUGCCGGUGACGUUGAAACAGCUGUUUAACCGUACCAACUUGUUCUAUCGCAUCGUUCCCAAAACCGCCAGUUUCAUGACUGAUUUGGCCCGCUAUAUCCUCAGCAAGCCGAACCAAACGGGGAUCAUCUAUUGCAGCACGAAGCUGCUCUGCGAGCUGACGGCGGCGAAAUUGAGGGAGGCGGGGGUUCCCGCAGCCCACUACCACGCGGGGAUGGACCCGGAACAGCGGCUGGAGGUGCAGCGCCAGUGGCAGCACGACGAGUGCCGGGUGAUCUGCGCCACCAUUGCCUUUGGCAUGGGUAUCGACAAGCCCGACGUGCGCUGGGUGGUCCACUUAACUUUACCGCGAACGUUAGAAGGGUAUUACCAGGAAACCGGACGUGCCGGGCGUGAUGGGCGCCCGCUGGAGUGUAUUUUGUACUACUCGUUCCGCGACGCCAGACUGCUCCAGCUGGUGACCCAGCGCGAUCCGCAAUUGAGCGCCCAGGCUAAAGCCAACCACUUGGAAAAGCUCCGCCAGGUGGUCCAGUACUGCCAGAACGAGACGACGUGCCGGCGCCAGUUGGUGCUCCACUACUUUAACGAGCAAUUCGACGCUAAGCUCUGCCGUGGCCACUGCGAUAACUGCCAGAGGGGGCUGACGGGCCAGGCGCUCGUCGCCACCGAUGUCACCAAGGAAGCGCAGCUGGCGGUGCGCCUCGUGCGCGAUCUUCAGACGACUAAGGUGACGGUGAUCUAUUGUCAGGACGUGUUCCGGGGGCUGAAGCUGGCGAAAAUCAUCCAGGCGGGACACGAUAACGUCGCCGACCACGGCGCCGGUGCGCUGCUCGACAAACUGGUGAUCGAGCUUCUCUUUUUCGAGUUGUUGCUGAAGAACUACCUCGAGGAGUAUCUGGUGAUGCGGCGCGGGUUCGCCCUGAACUACGUGCGGGUGGCGCUGAAGGGUACCAGUUUCCUUCGCAACCCCCAUCCAAUUGAGAUUGAGGUCAGCGCCAAUAAGCGACUGACGGCGCUGGCGGGACCGCGGCUUGUACGUGGACCCGGCAACGCCCCCGGUCCGCUGAUGGCAGAUCUUCAAGCUCAGUAUAGCUGUGGCGGUGCCGGCGGCGUCGUUACCGCGCGCCAGCUUCUGGCGGGGCUGAUGGCGCUGGCGUUGGCGCUGUCGACACUCCCGGCACUCCCGGCGGCGCGGGCGCUGACGACAACGGCACGGGCGCCGCUUAAACCCCGGGCGCUGACGACGGCGCCGCUGGCGAUCGAGUGGCACGGCGAGAAGUGCUUUGCCACCCUCAACCAGUACCGCAUCCGUAUCGCCGCCGCCAAGCUGUUGCCGCCGACCCUGGUGGUGAGCGAUAUGCUGAUGCGCCAGAUGGCGCUCCGGCUCCCCACGACCCAAGCUCAGUUUGACCAGGUGCCGGGAGUGCUGCCGGCGCAGCGGGAAUUUUUCGUCGGGUUUAAGCCCCAGUUGGUGCAGAUGAGCGCGGAGCGCCGGCGGCUCGAGAGUGCCGGCAGUGCCGGUGGCGCUAAAGCUAAAUCCGCCGGCGCCCCCGGCGCCAAGAGCGCGCCCCUGGGACGCCGCUCCCAAAAACGGAGCCAAGGUAAGCCCCGAAAAGCCCCCAAGGCAAUGCCGCUAUGA